AUGACGGCCAACGACAUCUCUCGGCCGAACGGCCUUGCGGCUAAUAAUGGCACGUCUCACGUCAGGGAGCCAAACGUUGAGCAUGCCGCACACCGAAGAUGCUAUGACACCGACGAAGCAUGA